GCAAACAACUUUCGAUUUCUUUAAUCCUUUUUUUGGUUCUGAAUAGCCAAAAAACCCCUUAAAAAAAAGAAACUUUUAAUUUCAACAAAAUCUUUAACCAAACGAACAAGAAUCAUCAAAUUUUGACCAUUUCUCCAUCCUUGGGUGUAUUUUUCCUCCUUCAGUUCCAGUGUCAACUUCAGUUCCUCCAUACUUCUUCUCCUCUCUCUUUCUCCUUUUCACAUCUCUAUCGCUCUCUCAAAUUCCCACCUUUUCCUUGCUGCUUGUUUUUUGUUUAUUUACUUUUAUUACAGAGACCAAAACGAUUAGUUUCUUUUAUGUAGUUGACGAGUUUUGGAAUUGAUUGUCGUGUUCUUCUUCUGGGUUUCUUUAUUCUGUGUCCUUUAUUUAUGGGAUUCCUUGAUUUUGCUUUAUAUUCUCCAAAAAGCAUCGGAUUGUAUUGUUCCAAUUCCAAUUUCGAAAUUCUACUCAACCCGUAAUGAUUAAUCAAUCAAAAGCCAAAAGGGCCCAGCUUUGAUAAAUCUCUUUGAUUAGGGUUUCUUCUCAGCAACAAUAUAUCUCGAAGUUUUGGUUUUUUUUUUUGGUCUUGUGUUGUUUUGUGGAAAAUGGGAUCCGCAAGUGGGUUUUACCCAAACGAAGAGUUCGAAUUGGAUCCUAAAUGGCUCGUUGAUCCUCGUCAUCUCUAUGUUGGUCCCAAGAUCGGUGAAGGUGCUCAUGCCAAAGUUUAUGAGGGAAAGUAUAGAAACCAAACAGUGGCAAUUAAGAUUAUAAAAAGAGGAGAAUCACCCGAAGAGAUUUCCAAAAGAGAUAACCGGUUUGCAAGAGAGAUCGCUAUGUUGUCCAAAGUCCAGCACAAGAAUUUGGUCAAGUUCAUCGGAGCGUGCAAAGAACCCAUGAUGGUUAUAGUUACAGAGCUUCUACUAGGCGGUACAUUGCGUAAAUAUCUAGUGAGCUUGCGGCCAAAGCGUUUAGAUAUACGUUUGGCUGUAGCGUUUGCUCUUGACAUUGCUCGCGCCAUGGAAUGUUUGCAUUCCCACGGAAUCAUUCACCGCGAUCUCAAACCAGAGAACUUGAUCUUAUCCGCAGAUCAUAAGACCGUAAAACUCGCUGAUUUCGGUUUAGCUAGAGAAGAAUCAUUAACAGAAAUGAUGACCGCAGAGACUGGUACAUACCGAUGGAUGGCCCCUGAGCUUUACAGUACGGUAACGUUAAGGCAUGGAGAGAAGAAACAUUAUAACCAUAAAGUAGAUGCUUACAGCUUCGCCAUUGUCUUGUGGGAACUCAUUCUCAACAAGUUACCCUUUGAAGGCAUGUCGAAUCUUCAAGCAGCUUAUGCCGCUGCUUUCAAGAACUUGAGGCCGAGUGCAGAAGAUUUACCAGGGGAUUUAGGGAUGAUUGUUACUUCGUGCUGGAAAGAAGAUCCAAACGAACGGCCAAAUUUCACGGAGAUAAUUCAUAUGCUCCUCCGUUACCUCUCCACUGUUUCGCCGCCACAGAUCGUUCCUCCUCCGGUUAGACGGGUUUUCUCGUCGGAAAAUGUAGUCUUGUCACCAGAAUCUCCAGGAACUUGUUCUCUGAUGGCUAUCGGAGACAAAGAUGGUUCUGGUCAGACCGUUAACACUGCUGAUUCGUCAGAGAAACAAAGGAAAGGAAGCUUCUUCUUCUGCUGCUCAUAG